AUGGUUGAUCAAACUACGGAUGUGGUUGUACAUGUCAGUUCUUGUGGAGGAAAUAUUUUCCGACCAGACAACUUAUUGACCCCAGAAGCUAGUAGACCGACACACUUGUCAGCUCCUGCGCCGGAGAAAAAACUAACUCUUUUUGCCUUACGACUUGCUGUUCUUGAGAAGAUUGCUUCACGAUUGGGAUCUUUAGGAUUCGUAUGGGCCACGGUUGUUCUUCUUGGUGGUUUCGCUGCUAGUUUAGAGACAUCAGAUUUUUGGUUUGUUACUGUGAUUCUUGUUGUCGAAGGAGCUCGAAUUUUCAGCAGAAGCCAUGAGCUUGAAAUGCAGCAUCAGUCUAAGUACACAAUCUCAGGAAUCAACACCUUCCGGUUACUUGUCAGACAAGUUAUCAGAAUAUUCCACCAGGCGGCUCAGGUUACUGGGAACAACGAUAGACAAUCGGUUCAGGAAACGAAAACAGAGCAGAGGACUUCGAGGCAGAUUGAGCGGAGUAGGACAUGGACAUGCUCAGAUGUUCCUAUGUUGCCUUAUACAGGAUGGGUUUUUGUUUCAAGAAACGUGAGUAGAGUCUGCUACUGGCUCCAGAUUGCUUCUGCUUUCGCUAGCAUUAUCAUCUCCAUGAUCAAGGUUAUCAGGCAAGAUUAUGGAGGCGACGAAUUGAAAUCCGGAAGCACCAAUCUUCACUCUGCUUUAACUCUCUUCUACUCUCUAGCGCUGGCUGAGGCUCUUCUCUUUCUUGUUGAAAAAGCUUACUGGGAGUGGAUGAUCAGCGUUUACAAGAUUCUUGAUAAAGUGAAUCAAGAAUGCGGUCUCGAGAGAUCUGGAACUGAUUCAGUGAGAAGAUUCUUCUACAAUGCUUACUCAAUGUGUCUAAAUGGGAGCAUCUUUGACGGAUUGAAGAUGGAUAUGGUAGUUUUCGCCAUGGAUCUUUUGGUGUCGAAUUCUCCUGAUGAGCAGCUCAUUGGAGCAGAGAUUCUCUAUAGAUUCUCAACAAACGAAGACUAUUCGGUUGAUACUCUGCAGAAGAUUGGGACUAACCUGGAGAUCAUAGAGAGGUUAGUUGAGAUGUUGAACUGGAGAAGCAAGAAUCAAGAAGUUAUGAGAAUGUCAUCUGCAGAGAUUCUCUCAAGAUUAGCUAGUAAGAAGCAAAACUCUCUGAGAGUUGCAGGGAUCCCUGGAGCUAUUGAGUCCAUAUCUUCUAUUUUUGAUAGCACUAGAGACUCGGGUGAAGCCACAGAUGAGAUUGGAGAAAACAGUAUCAAUCAAACCGAUCGCUGGACGUUCAACAAUCUUGGAUUGUUGAUUCUGAAAAGGCUUGCCAGAGAUCAUGAUAACUGUGUGAAGAUUGGGAAAACAAAAGGGUUGCUUUCAAAGAUCGUCGACUUCACUUAUGCUGAGAAGAGGUUGCUGAAAGAUCCAAAUCUUGCGGCUGCGGAGUCUAAUAAGAUCUUGGCUGUGAAACGGUCUUUGAAGCUGUUAAGGAAGCUGGUGAAAACAACGGGUGCAACAGGGAGAAACUUGAGGAGAGAUAUCUCUGGGAUUGUCUUCACAGUAAGCAACAUUAGGGAAACAUUACGGCAUGGAAAGAAGCAGCCUGGUUUGCAGAAGCUUUGUGCAGAGAUCUUGACUUCCCUUGCGCUUGACGAAGGUGCAACUGAGAAAAUUGGCGGCACAGGCGGGGUUCUAAAUGGACUUCUCUGCAUAUUCUUGAAUGAUGAUAUUCCAGGGAAUCAGACUAGUGGCGUGAGAGACUCUGUUGGUGAGACUAUAGCAAUGCUAGCUCAAGGAAGCCAAAGCAAUUGCCAACGGAUGUUGAGAUUAGAUGUUCUUCAGGGCCUUGUUGAGGCGUUGAACAACCCGUUGAUUCAGUCAAAUGCAGCGAGAAUCUUGAGGAAUCUAUGUGCAUAUACAGAUCCAAAUCAAGUUGAGGAACAUCUGAAGGAAGUUAAAUCUGCAGGAGCAACAGUAAGUCUUUAUGAUCUUGGGGUCCAGGAGUUGGUUAGAUACAAUGCAUCAUCAUCACUAAAUGUUAUCUUGUCCCUACAGGUUCUUAAGGCAAUAAAGUCUGAACAGAGCAAACCUCAAGAAGUUAUGGUGGGAUUAGCACCGCACAUUUUCAGGUUAAUGAGUGCUGAAGAAUCAAGAGAAAUGUUCGAGGAAGCGGGAGUAAGCAAGGAAGAACUAGCCACUGUUGGAAUGAAAACCUUUGUUAAGAUGGAGAAAGUGUUUAGAGUGUUUGAAGAGAAAGAAACUUUGUGA